GUGUGUUAACCUGAUUUUAACCCAAAUGGAGUCGCUCCUGGUGUACCUGAUAGUCCUUGGUGUGGCUGUGAAGGCUCACAAAGUUCAAAUCUGCCCCAAACGUUGCAACUGUCAGGUGCUUAACCCCAACCUGGCCACUCUGUGUGACAAAAAGGGGCUGCUGUUCGUCCCGCCCAACAUCGACAGGCACACGGUGGAGAUGCGGCUCGGGGACAACUUUGUCACCAGCAUUAAACGGAAAGACUUUGCAAACAUGACCAAGCUGGUAGACCUGACCCUUUCCCGGAACACUAUAGGUUCCAUCGCACCGCAUGCCUUCAAAGACCUGGAGAACCUACGAGCCCUUCAUUUAGACAGCAACCGGCUGACCCGCAUUACCAACGACACCUUCAGUGGGAUGUCCAAGCUGCACCACCUCAUUCUCAACAACAACCAGCUCACCCACAUCCACAUUGGGGCCUUCAAUGACCUAACAGCACUGGAGGAGCUGGAUUUAUCAUACAACAAUUUGGAAAGUGUCCCCUGGGUGGCCAUUCAGAGGAUGUCCAAUCUCCACACGCUCAAUUUGGACCAUAACAUGCUCAGUUUGAUUCCAGAGGGGACGUUCUCUGGGCUGCAGAAGCUUAAGAGGCUGGACGUGACCUCCAACAAGCUCCAGAAGCUUCCUCCUGACCCUGUUUUCCAAAGAGCAGGAGUCCUGGCCACCUCUGGGAUAAUGGGGCCUUCGUCAUUCGCACUGAGCUUCGGAGGAAACCCGCUGAGGUGUAACUGCGAGCUGCUGUGGCUUCGGAGGCUGCGGAGGGAGGACGAUUUGGAGACCUGUGCCUCACCACAACACUUGGCUGGACGCUACUUCUGGACUGUUUCAGAGGAAGAGUUCCUGUGUGAGCCUCCUCUCAUCACGAGGCACUCCCAGGAGCUGCGAGCUUUAGAGGGCCAGAGCGUGACCUUGCGCUGCAAAGCCAGGGGUGACCCCGACCCCAAUAUCCACUGGAUCGCACCGGACGGACGGCUCAUGUCCAACUCCUCCAGGGCGCUGGUCCACGCGGACGGAACGCUGGAGAUCCUCAUCAGCACUGUCAAGGACUCCGGUUCUUUCACCUGCGUGGCUUCCAAUGCUGCUGGGGAGGCCCAGCAGACAGUGGACCUGGUCAUCGCCAAACUCCCCCACAUAACCAACAACUCGGUAGCGGAUCAGGAGCCGGACCCCGGAUCGUCCGAUAUCGCCACAGUGUCUAAGACAGGGUCAGAGGCGAGUGCGGGGGUCCCUCUGGGGAACGCCAAGACGAGCCAAGAGAAGAAGGUGGUGAUUGCCGAGGCCCACUCCACCUCAGCCCUGGUCAAGUUCAACUUCCACAGGAGUAUUCCCGGAAUCCGCAUGUUUCAAAUCCAGUAUAACGGCACCUAUGAUGACUCACUGGUGUACAGAAUGAUACCCCCCACCAGUAAAGACAUUCUGGUGAACAACCUGGCAGCUGGCGCGCACUACGAUCUGUGUGUACUGGCCAUCUACGACGACCAGGUGACGUCUCUGACGGCCACCAGGGUGAUUGGCUGCGUCCACUUUUCCACAGAGCCACAGUACCUGAGCUGCCACUUCAUGCAGUCCCAGUUUCUCGGCGGGACCAUCGUCGUCGUCAUUGGGGGGAUCAUUGUGGCRUCCGUGCUCGCUUUCAUUAUCUUCCUCAUCGUGCGCUACCGAGUGUGCAACCAAGGAGAUACAGAUAAGGCCUUGGAGAUGGGGGAUAUUCGAUCACUGAGCAGUGACGGACAGCUACAAGGGUGUGGGAUUCCCAAGUCCCUGUCCAAGCAGGUCCUACGUCCAGAGAAGAAUGACAAGGACUGCCUCAGGGUCGCCCUCCCUCCCCUGGAGCCGACCAAACAGCGAGUACCUGUCGCUGUGCCCGCCACAAAACCUUCUGUCCCCGACUGCACGGUCUCUACCUCUGCUGGCAGUCACAGCUGGCACCCAGCCUCUCCGGGAGCGCCGAGGCCCAAACGCUCUGGAGCCGCACCCAAACCCUCAGAGGCCCGGCGAGCUGAWGCUCAGGCGAACGUGGAGCUCAAUAACAUGAACCGGAAUAACUCUUCAGAGGUUAAAACGGCCACCGCCGCCGCCGCUCUCCCCGUGCCUGGCCAGCCGGUCAAAUGGACUGCCGCUCCCAGGGGGCCGCGGCCGCACCACGCUUCCCGACAUUACAUGACUGUGCCAGCGGGGGGCGUGAGAGUGAACCGCAGGCACUCGCUUAACGCGGACACAUACAGGGAGCGCUGCUACAUGGCCUACCCAAAAACUGGGGCCAGCCUGCGCUCCAAACGCAGCCUGUCGAUGAGCGGGGAACUGCCGCAGCUCGAGAGCUCGACAAACAUUCACCGAGCCCGAGACAAACUGUCCAGGUCUGAGUGGCUGCUGGAGAGCACUUUAUGAUUCGAAGUUAAUGACCUGCAUUCUGGUUUUUCUUGGAUUGGAUUGGGGGCCYGUUCCGGAGCAUACAGGAAGUCUCUGUCUUGCUUUGAGAUUUUGUGCUCCUUAUUGAGGGAACCUGUGGAGGACAGGCACACAGGGUCACGGAAAACAUUUCGAUUUUUUUACCUUAUAACCUGUCAAAGUCUUCUUUAUAUCAACAUUUGAUUGAACUUUAAUGAAAAGGCACAACAGUGUAUAAAACAAUGUCAUGUAUAAAAACGUUUAGUUGAAUGAGAUACUAUACAUCUCAGUACAACCAUAAGUAUUCAUGUGGUAUUGAAUGCAGUAACCUGAACAUACUGUAUUAUAACAAGAAAAGCAUCACACAAGGGAUGGUGUUAUAUUUACAGUAUCUGUUACUUUAAAGGGACAGUUCAGAUCUUUUGGAAUGGAAUUCUGUGGGAAUGUUAUAAACAACUAUAUUAGGUUGUAGAUAGCGCUUUUAAUGGUCUCAGUUUGGAACAAUAGAGUUUAAUUCUGACUAGCUAAUGGCUAAACUCAGUGGUGCCACCAAGAGGGGACCAAUGGAGGCAAUGGCCACMCUUAUAAAUUUGCUGCCCCACCAGACCAGAAAAUGUAAUAAGCGUAAAAUCCCUCUGAAUAUGAAUUUAGGAGUGAAGAGCUGUAAAUCAAAAUGAAACAGGCCUAAAUCAGAAUUUCCAUUUUACUGUACUAUUUUAAAAUCUUAUAAAUGACAAGAUGAAUAAAUGUCUGUCGUGCCUU